UUUGGACCUGUAUUCUUCCCCCCUUAUUAUUAUUAUUUAUUAAUUUAUUAUUCAGAGAACCAGCGCAUCACUAAGGCACAUGUGCCAGGGAUCAGACUAAGCAUCUCAUGCUUAAGUGCAUUGCUCUAACCACUGUGCCACCGCCUGGGUGGUGGUUUUUUAUACACUUGGUGCAAUGUACCAAGUAUGUGAUUUGGGGCUUGGGUGAAAUAAGUUGCUACAAGUGCAAUUUGCACAGACUACCCAGAGGGAAGCCGUCAUAGACACAGGUGUCCAGGGAUGCCCAGCUGGUUCCCUGAUGCUCUGGAGGGCAAGUCCGCUCUCCCCGGCCCCUAGGGGGCGCUGUGGCCAAGCCCGCCGCAAUGCCGGCGGCGACCCAGUCCCGUCCCCGGGGAGGAGCCUUUCAGUCGCGGCCACCUCCCGAUCGCUAACCCGGAAGACGCGCCCUGGCUGCUGGGAGCGGGCCCCGGCCCGGCUCGGCCAUGCAGUCCCUGGAGGUAGGUCUGGUUCCCGCUCCAGCGAGGGAGGCGAGAUUGACCCGCUGGCUGCGGAGAGGCAGCGGCAUCCUGGCGCACCUGGUGGCUUUGGGCUUCACCAUCUUUCUGACUCUGCUGUCCCGGCCGGGAACCAGUCUUUUCUCCUGGCACCCAGUAUUCAUGGCCUUGGCGUUCUGCCUCUGCGUGACGGAGGCCAUUCUUCUCUUCUCACCGGACCACUCCCCAUUCUUCUUCUGCUCCCGAAAGUCCCGGAUCCGGCUUCACUGGGCAGGCCAGACCCUAGCUAUCCUCUGUGCAUCCCUAGGCCUGGGCUUCAUCAUCUCCAGCAGGACUCGAAGUGAGUUGCCUCACCUGGUGUCCUGGCAUAGCUGGGUAGGGACUCUGACAUUACUGGCUACCGGAGGCCAGGCACUGUGUGGGCUCUGCCUCCUCUGCCCUCGGGCAGCCAGGGUCUCAAGGGUGGCUCGUCUCAAACUCUACCAUCUGACGUGUGGACUGGUGGUCUACCUGAUGGCUACAGUAACAGUGCUACUGGGCAUGUACUCCGUGUGGUUUCAAGCCCAGAUCAAAGGUGUAGCCUGGUACCUGUGCCUGGCACUGCCCCUCUAUCCAGCACUGGUGAUCAUGCACCAGAUUUCCAGCUCCUACUUGCCAAGGAAGAAGAUGGAAAUGUGACUUUCUCAGGACUCCGAACCUAUCUGGGACAUGGCACUGGACUUCUGUGGUCCCACUGGUGACCUUCCAGGACUCCACUGCAGGAGUGGUAGGGUUUCAUGUGCUUUUCAGCUGAGCUGGGGGCUGCAGAAACCUCCCACUGCUCUUGCAGAGGGGUGACUUGGAUGGUGAAACAGGGAAUUGUGCUGGGUAGAAGUGGAAGGUGAUGGGGAGCUUGGUCCUGUAACCCCUACUCUUGAAACGAUGGGGUUGUCAGACACUUUAUGCUUACAUGCCUAAUGGAAAGUGUGGUUCCUGUGACAUGAAUGGCAGCUCUGGCUGUCUGAGUCACCUUCAAGGAAGGAGUGUGACAUGAUAGAGCCCCUGGGACUUGUCUAGGAUCCUAGCCCUCAUAGGCUCUUUUGCUUGACCCUGGGUAAGUCAUGUGUCUGAGGACUGCAGCUUCCUCUUUUGUGUGAUGAAUGUUUCUAAACAGCCUCUGACAUUCAGUGACUGUCAGGUCAAUGUCACAGAACAUCCUCCUGGCUCUGGACCAUGUGAGUCCAUUCAGCAAGCUCAGGACGUUAUUCUAAUGCCCAUCCCCCCCCCCCCCCCCCAUCUGGCGGGGCAGGUCUGAUCUCUUUCAGGACUCUGCUGAUUUGGCCCCAGAACCAACUCAAACCUCAAUCUGGACACACAGGGUCAGGCACAGUGGGGGAAAAAAGGGUGAAGGGACAAACUCCUAGACAGUAAAGGUUGCACUAGAAUCACUUUAAGGCUUUUGGAGCAGCAGAAGGGCAUCAUCUUAACCAAGCUUAUGACUCCUGUCUGAGCUCAGUGCCUGACAAAGGACUCCCUUCAGGCUACCUGGGGGUCUGGGCAUGAGGGCUAUACUCCAGUGCACGAGAGUACUCCUCCUGGACACCCAUUCCCAGUAGCAAGGUAGUUCUGAGUGGCUUGUGAUUUUGCAUUUUUCUUAGGACUCAGUUUCUUGCCUUAGCACUUAGUUUCAUGGAGCCAUUAUAAAACCUUAAGAACAAAAUAAGAACUAAGAAAUGGCAGGGAAGUGAAGGGAAAGCCGAGUCUCCCUUGAUUCCCUCCCCCACACACACAUACCUUGUUAGCUAAGCUUCCCUCUGUUGUCAUCCCUUGUCAGCUCUUUGGCCCAGAAGGGGGCCAAGUUUGGUGCCAGCUGGCAAUGGAAGUCUGGGCCCUCUUCCCUGCAGAGACCUUUCCUUGUUCAAACUGGAAGUAGUUCCUAGGCUACCCUCAGCAGUGAAGGCUAGAUGCCAGGCUGCUAACUGUAGUCUGGCUCAACUGAGGCAAGGGGACCUCCACAGAUCCUGACAAGAAGUGGAUGUAGGGCAGAGGGUAGAUAGCAUAAUGGUUAUGCAAACAGACUCUCAUGCCUGAGGCUCCAAAGUCCCAGGUUCAAUCUCCCACACCACCAUAAGCCAGAGCUGAGCAGUGCUCUGGUAAAAAACAACAACGAAGAAACGGAUGCAGCUGUGCCAGGAAAGCUGGUGAGGAGCAGGUAGAAGCAAAGGCAGCUCAGUAGGAGGAGGCCUGGGGUGUAGGGGCUUGAGCACUAGGUCCCAGGAAUAGGGGAGAACCUUUCCAGAUGACAGUAUUUUAGAUGUCCCAGGCUUCCUUAAGUUCCAAGAUGUCCUUUGGGUGGCUCAGAAGCAAUGACAUAACAGUUCAGGAAUGGGGAUUACUUCAGCAAAGGCAUUGUCCUCUGGGUGGACCUCACUAGGCUCCCCUUGGAUCAGAAGGUAUUUCCCAGGAGUGCUGUAGACAGACCCUGAGUUUUUAAAAGGACCACAGGAUAGUUAUUCCUAUCUCCUUCAUCACCCUCUUUCCCCCUUCUCAAGGUGCCCAGGGUGGUUUGAACUCAGGAGCGGUGAUGACUGGGGCUGCAUGAACAAGGUUCUCAUGCAGGGUCGUGUUGGUGGGGGAGAGGAGCCCAUUUCUUCUUCCUCUACCACAGCCAGAGCUGGGAGUCUCCUCACUCUGUCUAUAGCAGGGUAAGGGGGUCAGGUAGGGUUCACCAGCCUGCUCUGAGAGCCAAGCAGGCAGCACCAGAAAGCCUGAGCCUGCCUGAGGUGUUGCCUCCUCCCAGGUGGUGCGGGGGCCGGUGGGUGGACAGGCAGGCAGGCUGACAGCCGGCAGUUUGCGUAGGCUGUGCCAGCUGAUGUCUAUUCCCAGCCCUGGGAGGAAGGGGGAAGUCAUUUAUAUGCUGCAGGAGGAAGGCACUCCAGCUGUCACCUCUGACCAGCAGACCUGGGAGCAGGGGCAGAGGCCUGAGAGCAGGGCGCUGGGGUUCUGCUUUCGUCUUAAUUACAGUAUGGAGAGGUCACCCGGAGAGCCCUUCUGUGAGCCUGGCCAGAUCUGAAGGGCAGGAAGAGGGCUUUCCUCUCCUCUUUGCAUCUUUCUCCAUCACCACAUACCCUCAUAUCUUGGAGCAGCAGUUGGGCAACCAUCAGACCACAGUACCAGGACACGCUUCCUGCAGCUGGGAUUGGGGGACUGCAGGCCACAUAUGCCUCCUAUUAAUAUUUGCUUCCCCCCACACCCUCUGUCCCCCAAGCUCCCUGUAUCUCCCCAUCUGGGACAUUAGCUAGGCUUCUGAGCAAUAAGGCAGAGGUUUUGGAGCAGAAACAAAUGGUUGCCCUUUUGCUCUUGCACCCUUGCUAAGGAAAGCUGCUAAGAGUCUCUUUUGCCUUAAAAAAGAAAGAAAAGAAAAAAGAAAAAUGCCAGGGUGUUCAAUUUUUUUUAAAAAAAAAAGAAGUAUGUCAUUUGCACAUAUUUGCAUAUCAGGCUCACUAAAGUCCGGAUUCCAAAUAUGACUCUAUGCAAACUCAACCUUGAGGAUAUUAGAAAUAGAGACAUUUUUAUAUCUAAACUCCAGUGGUAAUAGGGUUACCAUUCUGGGUUCAGAUUCCCUCCUCCUAAGCCACCCAUCCAUAGGCCCCCCACUGUGGCUGGGGGUAGAGUUGAGUGGCAGGAGCUCUGUGUCUGGGGAAGUCUUCCAGCCACACCUUCUGGGCUUUUCAGCUGCAUGGAAGGUAGGCUGCCAUCUCUUGUCAGCCUGUGUCUCCUUUCCCCCCCCCCCCCACAAAGCAGACUACUCCUCCCCACUCCAACACUGGCCUGUCCCUUCUCAGUGUCCCCACCCUCCUUCCCCUGGGCAUGGCUGCUAUGGGUCUUGUUUUUCAAACCUCACUGUGGGAGAUCCAGGCAUCCUCUCUGAGCCAGCUGGCUGCUGUGCUAAGGCCUGUUCAGAGUUAAUAAUAAUCAUUAGCUGAACAGUACUGGGGCCUUUCAGCUGCAGAUCUCUAAGCACUUGCAGGCUGAGUCAGCCAGCCUUCACCUUCCCCACCUCUUCCUGGGCAGCAGUGUAAGAGAAUGGAGAGGCACUGUGGGAGGGGAGAUAGUCAGCAGUCUCCCAGCCCUGCCUGCCUUGGGGGGGGGGGCACCUCUCCUUGGAAAUAGGCACAGAGAGUCCUCUGAAUAUACAGACAUGGGUAUUGUACCAGACAAGGGUCAGGAUAGAGGGAACAGUGUGUGUUCUUCUGAGACAGAUGGGAGCUGUUUCCUGUGAAACUCCCCUCCCCUGCUCUUCCUUUUCUAAUACUUGGUCUGCAGAGGACACCCCAGGUCCUGAUGCUCUGACCUCUGCAGGCUUAGGGAACAGGGCAGGUUCUGGUUUAUUGCUCUAGCUGCCUCUGUGUCUGGUUGGCAAAAAGCAGUACGUUGGGUGAGGUGAAAACUGUUUUGACCUAGAAGCUAGGAAAUGUGAAGUCUAGGUUCCCUAAGCCCUUGACACUGAUGACUAUAGGCUGCUUGACCUACCUCACAGGGCUGUUCUGAGGAUUAGAUGACCAAAUGCAUGUGUACAGCACUGGGAAGUUCAAAGCAUUAAAUACAUGUAAAUGGG